CGCAUCACUGUGUUCGUUCGUUCGUAGUUGGCUGGUUGAUUGAACGAAAGAGGAUUAUUUUUCGCUGGAUCGCAAGUCGGGUUCGUCGCGUUCCGUUUUCAAUGGUGAAGAAAAUUGUAAAUUAAACGUGAAAAACCGUGUUUUUCGUGAUCUAAUCGUGCGGAAAAGUGUUCGUCCGAGUGUAAAGUGUAAUUUGGUGGUGUUUUCCGGAUGGAGUGGAUGUGCUAAUUAGUGCAGAAGCAGCAGUGUCAUCUCGGGUUGUUGUUGUUCUACGUGUGCUUUAUGUGUGUCUACUAGAGAGGCGAGAAGAAAGUAACCGCGCGCAGUGUGAGAAACAAAAGGGAAAAACCGAAAUGGUGUUACACAAUCCCAUCAGGAGCAGCAUCCUUUUUGUGGUGAAGUUUUUCCAAUCGUUGUGGAUUUCUGUGGUCUGAUGAAAGUAAACCAACCAAUCAUGAAGAGAAUCAAAUAAAGACUAUAAUCGAAAACGUCGCCACGAUAUCGUCAUCCGUCAUAUCUAAGGGGAAUCAAUACAGAAGAGAAAAAAACUCAUCUCCCAAAAGAAACAUCCCCUCAAACCAAAGUGUGGCAGUGAGUCAGUCAUUCCGAGUAUCGAUUUUGGCCAGCCGCCGGCGCCGUCGUCGAGAAGAAAGCCAGCCAGUCGCAGUGUUGGUGUGCUGUGUUGUGUUGGGGUGGUAAAAGGUCCCCCGAAAAUCCCGUGUCGCACCCAGAAGGGUGGUAGAAUACACGAAAGGCUCUUGAGAGUCGUUUUUUUUUCGGGGGUAGUGUGGCUCCCGUCUCAGUCUGGCGUAAUUCGAAACGACGGAUAACACAAAACGGUGUGUCUUCGCUGGGAGAGUCGAGGGCUUGCGUGGUUUGCGUGGUAGCCGAAAAAGGAAGGGAAGGAGGAUAAAAUACGAAGGAUACUGGGGCUUACCGUCGUGGGUACACGUGAUUUGUGUGAAAUUAGGUGAAACCGGACCAGGGAGUAGCUGGGGACUAAGUGUCACGCCAUCGACCGUAUCCUGUGGCUCCGUUUCGAUGCUUGAGUGUUUGGGAAAUAUGGGCUGGUUUCGUUGAUUGCCGAGAGUUUUCGUUGCCCAUUAUAGUGUUUGUUUAGUGAUAUAAUAGAAAGAAAUUGCUGAAAAGCCGCCGUCUACGGCGACAUUACUUGGAUCAGUAACUGCGGACGAAAAACGGAUAUACUAGAGAACAUGGAAGGCUCAGGCGAUGGAUCACCUCAUUCGUCGAUGUGUGUGGUGAAGGCGGCUGAGCUUUUCCCCAAACCAGUUCUCGAAAAGGAGGAGGAGAAACUCACCGUCCGGUUCAACGAAUUACCUGGUGAGUCCGUCAAAUAUCUCGGUCAGACCGAUGACGGCAUUCUAGCACUGUCCAACUAUCGACUGUUCUUGCUGAAGAACUCCACCGGCGCGGAAACAUCUGUACCUUUAGGACUGAUCGAGUUCACCAGUAUCAAAGAACUAUUUAUACUAAUAGUGCACUGUAAAGACGCUAGUACAGUAAAAUGCUCAUUUACCACGGCGGAGCAAUGUUCCGAGUGGCAACGGCGGAUAUCUCUGUCAAUCGGUGUUCCGGAAACACUCGAGUCACUAUUUGCCUUUCCAUUCCACGCGUGGGCAUCGGAACUGCCAACGCUUAACCAGGAUAAUGAAUGGUACGGCCGGUUACAGCGGGUUGGCAAUUAUGACGACGAUUUCCGGAAGGAGGCCGAACGCUUGCAGUUCGACCUAGAGGGAGCUUGGCGGAUAAGCCACGUCAACGCAGAGUUCAAACUGUGCCCUUCGUAUCCAGAAAUGAUGCUCGUGCCGGCGUGCAUAUCCGAUGAUACCUUGCAGAAUGUGGCGACCUUCCGAAGCUCCAGGCGUAUUCCGGCCGUGGUUUGGAGGCACGAGCGCACUGGAGCAGUUAUUGCACGCUGUAGUCAACCGGAAGUUGGGUGGCUCGGUUGGAGAAACUCUAAAGAUGAACAGCUGCUGAAAGCUCUCUCAGACGCAUGUGCGUUCGAUCGCGGCACCCAACAGUCGAGAAAUCGUCUCAAUUCGACAGCAUCAAACGAAAGCAAUCCUCCAAGUCCGGAAGGUAGCCACGAAGAGGUGGAGAUGGAGGAACCGAAGAAAAUACUGAUCGUUGAUGCGCGAUCGUACGCCUCAGCAGUUACAAAUCGAGCACGCGGGGGAGGCUGCGAAUGUCCCGAGUAUUACCCAAGCGCCGAGAUCCAAUUUAUGAGCCUUGGUAAUAUCCAUGCUAUUAGGAAAAGUUUCCAUCAGCUGCGAACACUUUGUUCGUCGCAGCCCGAUGUACCAAAUUGGUUGAGUGUGUUGGAGCGUAGCUUGUGGCUUCAGCAUAUGUCCGGGCUUUUGGCGGCGUCUAUGGUCGUGUGUCAUGCGAUAGAACGUAACGGACGUCCAGUAUUGGUGCAUUGUUCCGAUGGUUGGGAUCGUACGCCACAGAUUGUAGCCACAGCGCAACUUUGUCUUGAUCCCUACUAUCGCACGAUCGAAGGUUUCCGGGUGUUGGUCGAACGGGAAUGGCUCAGCUUCGGACACAAGUUCUCCGAUCGCUGUGGACAUGGUCCCGGGUCGGAUGAAUUGAACGAACGUUGCCCGGUUUUCUUACAAUGGUUAGACUGUGUCCAUCAAAUCCAUCGACAAUUUCCAUGUAGCUUUGAAUUCGAUAUGGGUUACCUGAUUAAAUUGGCACAGCACUCACAGUCAUGCCUGUUCGGUACGUUCCUCUGCAAUACGGUAAAGGAACGCCUGGAGAAUAGCGUGCCGGAUCGUACCUUCUCGGUGUGGCCUUUCCUGUCGGGACCGAUGUACAAGAAUCACCUAUACGUGCCGAAUAGGGAACGGGUAUUGUGGCCUGCACAUAACGUAAGAGAUUUGAGACUAUGGACUGAAGUUUACCUAGGAAGCUGGGGAGGUAAUCAAGGCUCGGCCGACUAUCCAGGCAACGGCGACGGUGUGGCAGGGCAAGAACUGAACGGUUCAAUGACUAAAACUCGCUCAUACGGAGAUCUUAUGACUGGGGUGAACUCUGGAGGUUUGACCAGGAGGUCAAGCGAUCCAAACAUGACUGUCGAUUCCAGCAUGCUUGGUACUCUAAACCUCUCUCAGGAGAAUUCCAUCGAUUCCAACAUGUCCUCGGAUCGGGAAGUGUCACCGGAUCUUAUCAACCAUCAUACAAGCUCGCUGGCCAUCAUUCAGCAUACUACUCAAAAGCUACAAAGUCUUACUCAGGAGCUUAACCAGUCCGACGAGGAACCGGAGGGCAUCAGCAAAAACACGAAGCGCGCAGUGACUCCGGUGACAACGACUGUCAACAGCGUUACCACGUCUAGUCUUUUUAGUAAUGAAAAUAGUGAUAGUUAUAACUUCAAACCAAUUGUUCCUGAACAGCCAACCGUGGCCAUAGCUCCGACGUCGAGUACUCCGCCACCCCAGCAGAGGCAUCAUCUGCUGGACGAGAUCGACGAAAAUACUUCACGGAUCGUCAAGAUCGAGAGCUACCUGGAGCCAACGGACGUUGUGGACGGGAAGCGAGCUGGUCUGAGGAUCGCCCGGCCCAUUCCUGCCUGCGAGGUGAACGGGCUGGCUUCGGCCGACAUGAUGGAGAGUGUAGACUUGAGCGGAAAAUCCCCGUCACCACCCCCGCCACCGGUGGCAACAGCCUCGCCUCAGCAUGCCGUCGGGGGAGGCAACCUGUGGCACGGUUCGAUCGAAACCAGCACGGACACGUUGGUUCCGCUGGAUCAGUACUCAUCGCCGAAAAGGAUAAUCCAGCUGAGCGAAAGCAGCGGCGAGGACGACGGACCGGCCCGGAUCGUCAAGGACGACAUCGACGAAGACGAUGACGAUGACGGUAACGAUGACGACGACGACCAGGACGUGGACAAUGACGGUGGUCACAAUCGAGAAAAUAGUAUUAGUUUAGACCUAGGAAGUAGCGGUAGACAUGACGAACCCCACGAAGACUUUGCGACUAGUACUACUUCGUCGAUUACUACUCAGACUGGUGAUAGCAACGGAUGUGAUCUAUUUAGUGAUAGUAUGGAUAAAGAUAGGAAAACUUACAAUCAAGGAAGUGAAAUUAAUCAAAACUCCACACCAAAAGAGCAAACCGACUGCAGCAGCAGCAGUCGGUUGAAACACGUUGCGACAGAUUUGCAUCAAGUAUCGUCCCAACCAACAGCCCCACUGAAUGGGUCCGUCGUCACCAGUUACAACGGUAAACCGAAGAGCUCGAACCCGAUGGACGAGAGUAUCGUCAUCCAGCCACAGUUCCAGCAAAUGGAAAUCAACGGCAAAUCAUCCUCUAGUGAAAACGGCACCCAGCAUCAAUCAUCACAAACCAUCCCUCAGCCGUCGCAUUCACAGCAGCAUCAGCCCCAGCACACAACUUCUCACCAUCAACCGCAAAACCAGCGACGAAGACGUAACUCGUCAAACUCGAAAACCGACAUGAGCCCCAACAAGCCUACCAACGGAAGUAUAUCCCCAAGUGCCACAAACUCUCGCUUCUCGACGCCGGGUGCCCGCUCACUGCCACUGACCCCACCGAGCGUGCCAUUUUCGAUCCAAACUCCACCGGCGGCCGCCCUAUCCUGCCCGGACGGGCUAGCUCAUGCUCUAUCGGAGCAGAACCUCCGGCUGCAGCAGAUCGUCUACGAGAACAGGCUACGAGAGGAGGCACUGCAACGUGAGCUGUACGUCACUCGGUUAGCCUUGUUGCAGAAAACUUGCCAGAAUUGCAACAACCAACAGUUCGGUAACGAUGAUCCGGUGCACGACUACUGCGAUAUCUCUUGUGAUGAAACUCGGGUAGAACCGACAACGAUGGUGGACCCUUCUUCCAUCGAAGUAGGCAACGAAAACACAGACAAAUUCGAAGAACACGUAGUGGAGAUAGUACAGGACAUUGCCUACUACGAUGGCAAUAGUACCGAUCCGAACCUGACGAAUACAAUGCUAACGAUAGCCGCCGCGAACGAAGAAAUGGAUCUCUAUUUCCAAGACAAUGAAAACGACCUAGACGACGACGCCAUGGAUCAGGGAGAGCAGGGGAUUCGUCAGUACUGGGAACGUUACCGGGAACGGUCGGGCCAUACUCGGAAUGUGUGUUCCACUGUUCGCCGGUUGCUCAAACGGCUUCGCGACAAACGCGGUGGUAUUGAUGAUGAUUAUGACGAUUCUGAGUCGUUGGCCUCCUUGGUCGAUUCCAUGAACGAAAAUGCCUCUAACUGCUCGUGGGAAGCGGUAGAUGAGCGCAGUGCUCCAUCGUCCGGAGCCAAUUCGUCGCAGCAAAUAACCAGCAGCGUCCUGUGGGUACCGGAUCACGCCGUAUCGCGGUGCACCACGUGUCAGACGGAGUUUUGGCUUGGCCGACGGAAGCACCAUUGCCGGUCGUGUGGCCAAAUUUUCUGCGCUGACUGUUCCGAAUACUGGGCACCUCUGUCCGACGGAAAGCUUUUCCAAACGGUUCGCUUGUGUGGGCCCUGCUAUCAGAACGUAUGCGGCAAGAUGGCUAGUAGCCAUCAACCGUCAACGAGCGGUAGCGUAAUUGUCACUACUACCAAUAGCAGUUGCACCACCAGCAACAACUAUAACAGCAAUAGCAUGAAUGGAAGCAUCCUGGUAGCUGCCAAACAGCACAACUUAUCAUCUUCAGCAUGUGUAAAUCAACUAACCAACAGCAGUAACAAUGUGGCGCUUGCCUUGAUGACAACUGUCAACACUGCAGUGGUAGGCGGCAUGCCCAACACUUUGGAGAACUGCAAACACGUUGUCUCUGCGAUGACUAAUACAUCAUGUAGUGCGAGUGCCCACAGUGGCAAUGAUCGUGAUACUUGUAAGGCUACUACUGCUACAAACUAGAUGCACGUCCUGAAGAGAAAACCCUCUGUCACGUUUCGCAUGUAAGUCCCUUUGUUUUAAUUUGCUUCUACCUACCUACUUUAUUUAUGUCUUAUUCUGUAUCUUUUUGUUGUAAAGUUUUUUUUUAACAUUGUACAUUGUUUAUUUCAAUUUUAUUUAUUACUUCUUCCUCACUAUUUGAGGAGCACGCUGCAAAUGUUGAUAAAUGUCUCACAAACCGCGAAGAAAGGCAAACCGUACUGAAAAGUUAAAUUUUCUUUGAGAGAUGAAGCUUUUUCAAACAGAUGAGUAAAGUAUAUAUAUGCAACAUAUAAUGUUACAAAAAAAUGGUGAAAUAUUGAUAUAAAUAUAAAUUAAUAAAAAAAAUCAAUGCGAAACGCGCCGUAUAACAAGCAUACAUAAACAAAGAAGCAUAGCAAGCAACCUAUUAGGACAGAGUCUGUGAACAUCAUGAGCCGUAUACAAACAUACAAAAAUAUUAAUAGAAAUAUUAAAUCAAUGAGUGAUUGCUAAAGUGUAA